AUGUGUCUUUUUAAUCUCAUUUCAGGCACCCAAGAGGAAGCAGCUCGUGCCUAUGACGUUGCAGCAAUUGAGUACAGAGGGAUCAAUGCUCUAGCAGACGAUCCAAUACCCACUCAAGAACCAGAGAUAGUAGCAGAGCCUCAGAAUAUGCCAUUCAUGGCCAACAGCUACAUCCCAACAGAGGAGUCUUUCUCACACACAAAUCCUUUUGCCUCUGAUUACUUCAACUCCCCCAUCGGUAGCAGCAUCCCUCUUAACACCGGUAGCAAGUCAUCGUCUCCCACUGCACUUGGCCUCGUCCUUCAAUCAUCAAUAUUCUUAGAGUUGGUUCAGAAGAACUCGAACUUCUCGGAGGAUGAGAGUACUGACGGAGAAGAAACAAAGAACCAGCCACAGGUUGGUAGUGAUGAUGAGUUCGGUGGAAUUUUCUAUGAUGGAAUUGGCAACAACCCGUUUGCUUGCUCUUCCAAUUCUGAUGUAUAUAACAACCCAUGGAGCAGCAUUACAAGCACCAUUUUGCUCAAUCCACCAACAAAAGCAAAUGCCUCAGACUCUCUAUUUUUCUUUUCUUAG